AUGGCUUGGACGACAAAACCCAUGUUCGGGCGAUCAGCCUGCGCCGGCGCCUACAUCUGUCUGAUGCUACUUGCCGCGCCCACAGGAGUCCCCGGGCGCCUCGUGGCCCAUGUGCACCAGGCAUUCUGGUGCUCUGUCAUCCACGCCGCGGUCCUAUGCCCCAUCGGCGCGAUCACCUACCUCAGCCAGCGGCGGCUCGCACCGCGGGUACUCCAGCGGCUGGCCCCCUUCCUCAGCUUGCUCUGGAGCGAGGUAAUCUGCUCGAGCGCCGCGCGGUGGGUACACCUCUUUGUGGUUCACGCGUCGCUCUCGCCGUCCCUGGCCGGCACGUCGGUCGCCCUCGACGGAAGGCGGGAGGGCCCCUUUGCCGUUGUGACACAUGGCUUGCUGUAUCUCUGCAUCAUCCAGAUCGCCCACGACAUAACGGGUGUGUUCAGGACGUUCCAGGCGACGGUUCUAUCCGAGUCCGACAACGUCAUGGCGGACGCGGACCCGCUAUUCGGCGACCGUAACGAAUUCGCAUAUGCCAUGCUCAAAAGACUAGUAUACGUCUACCUGGCCGGGCAGGGCGUAGUGUACGGAUGCUUGGCCUACCUGUUCACGGCCAUGGCCCUGUACCUGGAGCGCAUGGCGGCCGGGACGAUCGUGACGGCCGCCAGCAACGCCCACAACACGCUCUCCGUGCCGUGGGAUUACGUCUUCGCCACGUGGGCGACCGUCAUCCUCAUAGCCACCAUCCUAAACGUGUGGGCAGCCUACGAGGACGCCCGCCGCCCGGCCGAAGAGGAGUUGCACCUCCAAUUCAGGGAGCUCAGGGAAGGCAGGCAGCCACCACCGCCCGCGGCCGGGCGCUGGCUGCUCACCACCAUCAACACCGCCAUCCCGUGGGAGAUGCUCGUGAGGCUGGGACUGCGGCUCGUCUGGGCCCUGGAGGAGUGUCUCCGCCGACUUGUACUGUGGCGGCGGCACGCCGGCGGGCUGGGGUGGUGGUCCUGCCCGGAGGUCGCGGCGCUGUGGUCCGAGGACGAGCGCCGCCGCUUCUACGCCGCCGCGCUGACCGGCGUCCCGUCCUCGGCGCUCGCGGCCUUGUGGGACCACCUGCCGCUCCGCCGCCGCCAUGUCGAGCUGUGGAGGAGGGCAGGGCUCACUACGGACUUCAUACUUGGUGGUGAGACCACUGCCGGCACUCCGGGGGCAAGGGUGCCGCCUGAUAUGACGUUGUUCCUGGGCAAAACUGCGGUUGUUCUGGUCCGCGGGCUGGAGGCGACUUUUGGUGUUUGUGUGGUUGUCGGUGGGAUUUUAAUAGUUCUAACAAGAUACCCAUUCAUCCGACGUCAGGAACACGUGCAAUGGGUACGGCUAUAG